AUGGCUGUUGCGGACAGCCAAUACCUAUUCAGGCUCAUAGACGUCGGCGCCCCUGGAAGAUUCAGCGAUGGUGGCGUGUUCAAGGACUCUCCCAUUGGAGAGCGACUGAAGCAGGGAAAGCUCGGCUUGCCCAGGGCUGCUUCGCUGCCAGGGUCAUCCAAAAGUUGCCCUCAUGUGUUCGUUGAAGACGAGGCAUUUCAACUUCGACCUGACUUCAUGAAACCUUUGUCAGGCAGCCGGACCGACCCAAAGGACAUCAUUUUCAACUAUCGUCUCAGCCGUGCAAGACGGUGCAUCGAAAAUGCGUUUGGCAUUCUCACAGCGAGGUGGCGGAUCUAUCACAGGGUGAUCGACCUUAAACCUGAAAAUGUUGACUAUGUAAUCAAGGCGACUUGUGUGCUGCAUAACUUCUUGUGCCUGGAGUGUGGCGGUGGAGAGUACUACUGCCCAGUGGGUUAUGCUGACUCUGAGGACACUUUUGGGAAUCUUCGUGGGGGUGCAUGGACGGAAGACAUUGGAGCUCAACGAAUGUUUCCCUUACAAGGCGCGCGAGCUGGGAAGUGCUCACGGUGUGCAAGCGAUGUUCGCUCUUCCUUCAUCGAUUUUUUUUCAAACGAAGGGCAAGUACCGUGGCAGUGGAAACUGCCAGGACUACGGUGAACAGUGUGCACAUAAAUGAUGUUCAAGUACAUUUCCAAUAUGAAUACAGCUUAAGUACUUCAGAGCUAGAUUAUUCUGACACACUGCAGUGCAAAAAAAAAUGCACAGAACUCAAAACACGUACAGAACACAAACGAUGACAUAGCUGCCGUAGGUCGGCA